CUAAUUCUGUCUCCGCCUUCUUUCUUUGAUUUUCCCGUUCUAAGCUCCUUCCCUUUUCCUCCACCGUAGGCAAACUUCGAACUCCAUCGACGCCACUUUCAAUACCUCGACUGCUCAUCUUUCAUCCGACGCCAGCGAGCUUUAACCAAUGGAAGAUAGGCACCUGCCAGCGGAGGCAACGAACAGAAGAAGUUCUUCCUAAAAGAGCCUAGCGAACCGAAGGGGACGGGGACCGGCGAGCGGAGGCGACGGGCUACCACCGCCAGCCGACGCCAUGGAAACUGAUAACGCGGCUCCGGGUGAACGAUUCUCUCCUGAGGUUCUGGGCUUCAUGCGGCUUGCUAUAGAUCAGGCAAAGCUUGCGUUGGACAGCCUUGAAGUUCCAGUUGGCUGUGUGAUUGUUGAGGAUGGGAACGUUAUUGCGGCAGGAAGAAACCGGACUAACGAGACGCGGAAUGCAACGAGACAUGCGGAGAUGGAAGCUCUUGAUAUUCUUCUUGUACAGUGGCAGAGGAGUGGAUUUUCGGCUGCAGAAGUUGCAGAGAAGUUUUCAGCGUGCUCCUUUUAUGUGACAUGUGAACCAUGCAUAAUGUGUGCAGCAGCAUUAUCAAUCAUCGGUGUAAAGGAAGUAUACUAUGGCUGUGCAAAUGAUAAAUUUGGAGGCUGUGGCUCAAUCCUGUCGUUGAAUACAAGUAGCUCUGAGGCAUGCAUUAGUGGGAAUUCUGGAUCAAAGGGUUUCAAAUGCUGUGGAGGCAUAAUGGCAUCAGAAGCCAUUUCUCUUCUGCGAGAUUUUUAUGAACGAGGAAACCCUAAUGCUCCAAAGCCUCACAGGUCACGGGUCACUCAGGCUUAAAAGUAGAUUUACGUGCAUUGAUUCUUCCUGUUGGAUCUUCUCAUGCCUUUGCACAACUAGAAUUUCAUUAAGGGACCAGAGAAAGGAAGCGUG